GAUUCUUCUGUGAGGUGGGGGGAGGAUACUGUUUCGCUGUGACGUAAAUCAGCCUAAAUGCAAACCAAAUGCAGUGUUCAAAUUUUGGUUCACAAAGACAGGAGGUCGUUAAGACUAUUUCAUACCGGCACAUUUUAAAUUACAUUUAUAUUACAGAGAUAAUGGAAAUUAUUAUAGACCACUAACUGCUUUGAAUGUCAAAGAAACAGAUCUUAUGUUCAUAGAAGAUUUUUUGGAAGAUGAGGAGGAACCACCUUUGCUGUUCAUUUGUCUCUUUUCUCACAGUGCUGAGCUGGCCCAGUGUGCUGACUCUGCACUGUGGGAAGCAGGAGUACUUGAACAGAGAAGGUCGGUGUGCCCCUUGUCUUCAGUGUCCCCCGGGACAGGAGCCUGACAGGGAAUGCGGUUUUGGCAAUGGCCUGGGAGCAGUGUGUAUAGAUUGUGCUACAGGCACUUUUUCAGAAAGCCUCGACCUGGGUCCUUGCAGACCACACACCCGGUGUGACAAUUUAAAACACUACUUCUUGAGUUCCGGAACAUCAACAACAGAUGCAGUGUGUGGAGAGUGCUUAUCCGGGUUCUACACCACCACCAAUGAGCCCUCUUUUGCCAGUGAAUGUCUUCCAUGCUCCUCUGCUCCUCAGGGCACCGCAGGCUGUGAAGGUUACCAAAGCCCAUUUCUGAGAGUGCUGAGAAGUGGGGGGAAGAACGCUCCCAAACUCGUGGGCAACGGCAUUGCCAACACCUCCAACAUCAGCGUGCCCGAGGAGAAGACCACAGAGUAUGCCGUCUUCGCUCUGGUGCCCAUCUUCUGUGUGAUGGGGCUUCUGGGUAUCCUGAUCUGCAACAUCCUGAAGAAGAAGGGCUAUAGCUGCACGGCGGAGAAGGAGGGUGGUGACGUGGAGGCAGGAAUGGCUGAGAAAGAUGGUAACCCUUGUCCCUACACACUGGAUGAUACCUACGAAGAUACCAUCAGUGUGUUGGUGCGACUCAUCACUGAAAAAAAAGAAAACGCUGCUGCUUUAGAAGAACUACUGAAGGACUAUGAGAGUAAACAGAUCUCUGUCAGUAAAAAAUCCCUCAAAUUUCCACCCCUACCCCAGCUCAAAGCGAUGCCCAACCUGUGCCGGCACCAGCACCACCUGCACACGGUGCACGGACUGGCACCCCCCAUGGGCACCUGCUGCACCCGCUGCAGCCAGAAAAAGUGGCCUGAGCUCCUGAUGCCCAUCGACACUACAAAGACCACCAAAGUGGGCACCAAGAGUCACCGGCCGGGCGAAAUGGCCAUCCUCUCUGUGGGAAGGUUUCGGGUGGCCCAUAUUCCCGAGCUGAAGUCCACCCCCCUGGAGGAGCUGACCCCCCCUGAAUCGAGCGACACCGACUCCAUCGACACGACGCAUACAGAGCCUGUCGAGCAGAAAUCCCUGCUGGGGGGGGCCUCGACAGCAUGGUCCAAGAACAAGCGGCUCAAACCAGGAGACAGCAAGCUAGAGGACAGAAAAGUCAUCAUAAGGCUCGGAGAAGCUAAUCUUGUUUUUUGAAGGUAAACAACUGAAAGAAGAACAUUCGAAAGCUCUGAAGUAUUCAGCCAAUGUCUGUGUGCAAGGAAUGCAGAAAGCAAGAAGCCGAGAGGAAAGACCCUGUAGAGCACAUUGCUGGACAUCAAAAGGGAGGGGGUUUAUCCAGGGCCCGACAUGGAAGCGUUUCUGUAAUGUAUUUCAGAUGUAUUUCAAUAGAAUAACAAAUAAUGGGUCUCUAGUUUUAAAGCAGAGGCUUAUGAACAAAAUAUUUUAAUAAGAUUGUCGUUUUGGAUGUGCAUUUUAUUCUAAAAGCUGAACAAACUUGCAUGCAAGCCAAGCACAGUGCUUUAAAAAAAUAUAAAUAUAUAUAUAUAUUUUUUUGGCACAUUUUUGUAAGAACAUAUAACAAAAAAAAAAUGAAAUGAAAAACAUUUUUAGAAACAAUUUUCCUGGCCUCUUUGAAUUUCACUGGAAUUUUGUAAACCUGAUCUCUAGCACUAACAAGCUGAAGGGGUGUGGAUUUUGAUGAUUAAUAAUGUACUGUGCAACCAUGUAAGAAAUGGUUUGUAUCACUGAGGAAGUAUGACAAGUACAUGUCUGAAUCAACUACAAGAACACAUUGUCAAAUCCAGCGUUUUUCAACCGGAGGUCCCUGUCCAUGUUAUUGGGGGUCUGGGAAGCAAGUCCAGUUCAUUGUUCAUUUUAUUUAUAAUAGGUUAAAUAAUAAUUCAAAUUAACUGAAACAAAAAGAGUAAUAAGUUAUAACGAUUUAAGCAUAAAUGUGGGGAUCAUGCACUGUUUCAGGAAAAGACCAUGGUGAAAGGGAAGGACUGUUGCCGGGGAAACAGCAUUCGCGUCAUGCACAGUUAUGAUUAGGUAGCAACCAAGGACGCUUGCAAAAAUUAAAAGCUCCAAUUUGACCAUGGAUAGAUUUUUGAUCAAGCAAAAAAAAAAGUGAAUCUGCUCAACAUUAAAGCGUCAUUUGUAGACGAGUACUUGAAAUUACUUUUUCGUCAGGUGUGUUUUUAUUUGAUACACAGUAGUUACCAAUAAUAAUUUACUUUCUUUACUUUUUUUAAUGUUCUGAAUUGCAUUCCAAGAGCAUGCAAGAGUACUUUUCUAGGUCAGAUGUUAACCCCUUUGAGUGAGUGGGUGGGGGGGGCUAGUUUUAGUGACUUUGUUUCUAGGGGUCCACAAGUAUAUAAAAAGGUUGAAAACCCACCAGUCUAAUCAAUGUGUAAAGCAAGGUGGAACCAGCCUCAUUGAACAAGAAAGAAUUGUCAGAUAAAAUAUCAUAAGGGUUAACUUUUUCCACCAGCUUCAGUGCUCUGUUAGACACUACAAUGUCAGUUUCUGUGUCUACAUCCAUGUGCAGCGAAGUUUUCAUAGAUUUUAAAGGAUAAGUAUGAGUAAAGCGAUAAACCUACCUCCCAUUUUAGAUCAUUUUCAGAUGCUUAAGACACCUUUUUUGUGGUUGUUUUAAAUACCUAAACUGGGUUUCCUCAAAAAAACAUUCCCCUUUUAACAUGGCUUUGGGGAUUCUGAGGCAACUGUUUUUAUGUUUUCGCUUCAGGGGUUAGAAGCAAAACAAGAAUAAAAGACCAAGUAUUAAUGUCUCGCAGUGCAUACACGUAUACCUAAUGUUGUUGUCCGCAUUUUCAAUGAACUAAGCUGCUGACUUCCUUUUGGCAUCAUGGAUACUGAACUUAAAGGCUGGGUUGUCAGAAAUAUAAACAAAAUAAAGUGAUGUUUGAAAAGCUAUUACCUCACGUUGGCAGCAGAUCCCAACCUUAAGCCGGUGUUAAGUUUUUAAAAAGAAAUUGGGGGGGACAAGUUGAGGACAAUACCACUUUUUUGUGGGACAGACAUGUUGUUAAAACAGUUUACAAUAACAUCUUGUGUAGAGUUUACAAAGCUUUUUUGUUUGUUGUAUUUUUUUUAAGUUUGUGUUGCAAUGUUUUUGAAGUUACAUUGUUUUUCUCUUUUACUCUUGUAAUUUAUUGCUUGGACAUUUUUUGCGGUACUUUUUACUAUCUGAAUUUAAUGCAUUGUUAACCGAAAUGCUCACGGUUAAAACCUCAUCUCCAACCUUGUAGGCUUAAUUUAUUUUUACUAUUUUUUUCAUUUGCUGGAGAUUUUGUAUUCUUUAAGUAAAGAAACCAAUUACAAACCUGA